GUGGCGCUGUCGUCCAUAAACGAUUUCUGAACGUGUGUUGGGCGGACAUUGUUUUUAUUAGUGAUUUUCGUUCUUCUUACUUGAAUUUUUGCCGACGACAGCUAAAAAUGUCUUCAUUGCUACAGAAACCAAAAUCUGACAUGACACCUGAAGAAUUGGCAAAACGAGAGGAAGAGGAAUUCAACACUGGGCCUUUGUCAGUUCUCACACAGUCUGUAAAAAAUAAUACACAAAUCCUGAUUAAUUGCAGAAAUAACAAAAAAUUAUUAGGAAGAGUAAAGGCAUUUGACAGGCAUUGCAACAUGGUUUUGGAAAACGUGAAGGAAAUGUGGACUGAAAUGCCCAGAACUGGCAAAGGAAAGAAGAAGGCAAAACCCGUCAACAAGGAUCGCUACAUAUCGAAGAUGUUUCUUCGUGGAGACUCCGUCAUAUUAGUUCUCCGAAAUCCUCUCUCCAGUCAGAAAAUAUGAAACACGUAACGAGUAUCUGUGAAUUUAAUGUUGCAUAUUCAUCAUUAUCAUUUCAUUAUAUUAAUGUAUUUUACAAUAUUAUCUGAGAAAAAAAAAUAAAUUUUCACAGUUUAAAAACUUUUGUAUAACACUUUUAUGUACAAUUACUAAAUUUAGUAAAUUUUAAUUGGAAAUAAUAUUUGAACUAAAUGAGAACAAAAAGUUUGAAGUUUUAAUAAAAAAUAAUUUGGUA